AUGCACCUGAGUAUUAUAUUUCUUCUUCUGGCCUCGGUUACCGUUGUGAAUUCAUUUGGCAUAAGCCAACUGUUUUUAGUUUCAUCAAGAAAACAAUUAUCUAAUGAAAACAAUGAUCAGCCUUCAACUAAAGAAGCAGAAAGUUAUUACAAACUAUGUAAACCCAUUGAAACUACGAGUUCGAAACCAAAUGAGCAGCCAAAAAGUACGACUACACCUGAAGAAGCCACCACACGACGACUUGUACCUUUGCCAACUCUUGCACCCAGUUCCACUUCAACUUCAACUCAAAUCAGUAGUAUAAAGUAUAUUGAUAAUGUACCAUACCUCAAUGGAAGGCGACUUGUACCUCUACCAACUCUUAAGCCUAUAUCCAGCCUGAGCACAAUGCAAAUCAACAGUGGAGAAGACAUUAAAAAUGUACGUGAUGGCAGCACAAGAAGACUAGUUCCUCUAACAACGCUUAAGCCAACAUUAACUUCUAGCACUGCGGGACUCAUUAGAAGAACAAACGAUGGAAAUGUAGAUAGCCUCAGAUCAAAAAAACUGGAACCUUUACCAAUUCCUAAACCCACUUCAACCUCAAGUCCAACCGAAGUUAGCGUGAAAAACGGUGAGCAAACUCCGGAUGAUUGCGAACCACUACCCGAAGGCAUUGGUUCCCGAUUAAAUGCUCAAACUUUAAAAACCCUUCUUAAAACUACAGUAGGUUAGCUAUGUUAAUCAUGAAAUAUAUAGUAUCGUAUAAUUCAAACACAACUUUUGACUAAAAUAAAGGUAGAAUCACCAAUAAAUUUUAUUAGUUUUUUCAAGUGUUACUCGUUUAACAA